AUUCACGUGACCGGAAACUCAGACUUCAGCGGAAGCUGUGCAAAUAUUUGCUCAAAUAUCAAACCAUUUCCCGGGAAAACGAAGCAAAACAAACUAACUAAGCGAGGGAGAGAUGAGUAAUCGUUCGAGAGUAAGUAGGUUAGCUUGCUACUUUUGAUUGUCUUUGAUCGCGUGUUGUGAGUCGCCUAUGAUGGUAUGCAGCCUGAAGCGAAGGAUCCAGAGGAGGAUAGUGUCUGGGAGGAACCACCUUCAAUGUUGUGGGGACUGGACCCCAUGUUCAACGCUUUCACCAGGCUCUAUGUCAAAGACAUCCUACAGAUGAGAGAGUCCUGUCAAGUGUCAGGGAUAUACUUCUACAACUCUCACCCGAUAUUCAAAGUUUAUGUGCUCGGGACUGUGGUGUACAAACGAGAGCGAGAAGACUUCUUCUGUUACGGAGUUGAUGAUGGUACUGGUGUUAUAAACAGCCUUUGCUGGAAAGAUGAACCGUGGAGGGAGCAAGGUGACCCUGCUACACCAGGGGCAAGGUCCUUCGGUAGCAGCGCUCGUGAAGACUUCAACCCAGCCAACGAGCUGAAGAAACUACGGCAAGCCAAACAUAGCAGCUCCCACCUGGAGAUAGGCGAACUGCUCAGGGUGCGAGGGCCCGUCAAGACCUCCAGACAACAGCGAGAGAUAAUGGCCUCUACUUACUAUAAAGUGUCAGACCCGGUGAUGGCGGUCCAGAUAUCCUGGAUGAUGGAGGUUCCUCAGCUCUACAGACAGUGCUAUGAUAAACCAUUCCAUCUGGACAGCAGUGCACAGAACCCUAACAUUCAAGGUGGUUCUGCUUCCUAUCUGCUUGGCAGAGCCACUCGUAUCCUGAAGGACUUCCUGAAAGAGAAAGAAGUCACCAGGUUCAGACCUUAUGAUGUCCAGGACCUUCUACAGCCUCUGGUCUCGAGACAACCUCAGAAGACAGCAGCAGAACAAGUACACAUACAGUGGGAAGAACAAGAGCCUGAGGCUGGUCCAUCAUCGGGUCCACCAACAUCUUUCAAACAGCUCAGGGAGCUACUCCAGAAGAGCCUUCAGAUCCUGCAGGACGAAGGCUUGGUGUUCCGCAAGGUCAAAUGUCAGGAUGAAGUCUACCAUGUAACGGAACAGGACAAGAAUCUUCUCAUGGCAAUCAGAGACAUUCUUCGGGAAGAUUGCAGACGAGAGAAAUAUGCGGAAAAGGGUUGCCACAUCCUGCACAUCCUGUCCAGUGUGAGACAGAGGUACAGUCGCAACGUGAGCAAGGCAGCCUUGGAGCUGGUCCUCAAAGCUCUGGAGUGUAAUAGUGACAUCAUCAGCACCAGCGACAUUCUGGGACAUUCCACAAACUAUCUGAAAUGGGAGUGAAACGGGGAGGUACUAUCCGACCUUGUCCAAUAAGAAACGCAUGUUUUUGUUUUCCCCGUUUGAAAAAUAUUGUAACGACCCUGGGUUUAUAAGCGCGGAAAUCGAGUCUGCCACACGAGCAUGCCUUUGGGGCACAAUCGAUAGCCGCCGGACCUCGUGCUCGAAGGUUGAGGGUUCGAGACCUGCUCCCUGCUGUUCCAUUACAAUAUAUAUAACGUG